AUGGAAAAUGAACCGUGGUCAUCACACACUCGACAUUUGCUGGUGCAGGAUGUUUUGGAACACGAUGACAAACCUGAGCCAUCACACGCUCGACCUUCGCAAGUGCAGGAUGGUUUUCUUGUACUUCUAGAGGGGAGGAAGUUGAUGUUGGGAUACAGCGGAGAAUACGACAGAAAGAACACCUUGGACAUCUGGUACCACCUCCUUGACUACGUCUACACCGCCUUCCACCAUGCUCAUAUGGAGAUCCCCACCAAGCCAAAAACAAUCUGGUUUGUUCCCUUCUUCCCCGCCUGUCCCCUCCUCAUGACUUUACCCUACCCAGGUACCUCGACUACAUCUACACCAUCUUCUGCCAUGCUCAUAUGGAGACUCCCACUACCAUCUUCACCGUGCCCAAAUUCCGAGCUCAUUCACACUAGAUGGAGGUGGCAGCAAUCCCAUCGCCGUUUUCGCCGUGCCUAUAUAUUCAACAUUUGGGCUGAGCGUGCGUUCAAGUUCUGGAUCACGGGGGUCUCUACUGCUGGCAUUCUGGAUCGUAAGGAAGAAGCAAAAUUCUCGGAGGACAACUGGGGCGCCAGCACAUCGAUUCUAUCAACAAAUUGUCGCGAAGACAAUUCGUGCAUCGAGGGGAUAGGCAUUGGCACUGUGAACGAGCGAAACGGGUCGUUUUGGUUUCUCCAUGAGCGAGCCUGA